AUGUCGAACGCAACUCUCCAACCAAAUGUUCCAUCAAAACUGCCACCAGGAACCCUAGGACCAAUUGUUACGUGCACCACUAAUAUUAAAAAAAUUGAUAUCACUCGUGGAAUGAAGAUUUUUAAGUAUCAUGUGAAUAUACAUUUGAUGUCCACCAAUGGAGCUGAAACAGAGUACAAAAACAUGUCUAAAACAUUUGAUAACCAGCUUAGAAACGAAAAGGCUCGUGGAUUUUGCUGGAAGUGCUACAAGUUCCUACGAAAGAAAAAAGACACAAUAUUUGAGACCGGAAUUGAAUAUAUAUACGAUGGCAAGGGGCGCCUCUACACGACGAAACCAUUUACGAAAAACCAAUACGAGUUAAACAUUCCGCCGUGUGAAGUGACAAAACUACCAGCAAAAUCGGUGUUGUUCAUAAUAAAGAAAGCAUCGGAAGAAUAUGAAAUUUCAACAAGCUUCGAAGGAAAACCGAGUAAUGAGUUGCUCAAAAUUCUGCAUUCGGCAAUUAAUCAAGGACCACUAAAUAAAAAGAAUAUCAUAACUGUUGAUGGAUGUAACCACUAUAUAAUCGAACCAUUUCCCAGUAGUAUUGCAAGUCUUACGCGUUACUGCAAAUAUUACGCGGAAGGCUUGAAUACAACGGUUCAGGCUCUAGAAGGAAGCAGUGGUUCAGAUAUAUAUUUAAUAACUGACGUGGUCAAAAUGGAAUGUUAUAAGGAUUCAAUUAAACUCUCUGAUGUACUGGCUGAAUGGGACAGCAAUUUCAAAAAUUUGGAGUUUAAUAGUGUGGAAGCGAAUGAUUUGCUUCAAUAUGUUCAAGACUUGGCAUGUUAUAUUCAUCACGUCCAAACGCGCGGGUUCGGCGAUGAAGCUGAAAUUGUCACGCUCAAAGGAUUUGGACCUCCAGCGAACACGAAAGAAUUUGGCCACAAAAUGAAUGGAAGAGAGGUCACUUUAGAUUUCUACUUUGAAAAGGAAUAUUUGACCAAACUGAAUCAUCCUGAAUAUAUGACAGCAUUAGUACAAAGAGGUGAUGAGCUCGUUCAUUUUCCAAUUGAGGUGUUGACCGUUGUUGGCAAUCAAGUUGCUCAACUCAAAAAAGAAGAGCAAUGUUUCCUUAAAAGGAAAGUGGAAAGCACACCAGCAGUUCGUAAAAAGGAAUGCCGACGCUUAAUGAACCAUAUUUUCCCUUCCAAGGUGAAGGGCACCUUCUACAACUUAUCGCCAAAUUUCCAAAAGGUGAACGCCCGCAUUCUUCCUUCCCCGAUUGUCGAAUAUGCAAAUAGUAGUCACGAAAUGAAAGAUUUGAGCUUUUGGAAAGUCGACAUCUUCAAAAAGCCAGCCACUCUGAACAAUUGGAUGAUCCUAUUCGUCGAAUCGCAGAUAGUUGACCCACUUAUGCGCACAUCUGUUGCUGCAAUGAACAAAUGGCAGCUAAUGCAAUCGGCUGUUUGUAGAAUGAAUUUUAACAAUGAUGGCUGGAAUCACGAGAUCAGCGAUAGUCCAUUUUUCACGAAUACAACUCUAAUAAUCGGAUUUGAUUUUAUGGAAGAAGAUGCAAUGACAAGGAGACCGUUGAUCAUUGGUUAUUCGGCAAACAUCGCACAUCCGCAAAGAUUUAAGCACGGUUUUCGUUUCAGCAAAUUCGAGAACUGUAUGGAAAUGAUUAAAAUUAUCGCCUUUAAUCUUGUACGUGAAGCAUCAGCGAAUCGCCCAUUUCCAAAUGAAAUUAUUAUCUACUUCAAUGAUGUAAUCAAAAUCCAAUAUGAUAUGAAUAUGAUCAAACAGAUUAUUGACGAUUUUUGCAAGAAUAUGAAAUUAUUAGUGCCAAAGUUCACAGUUAUCUCAGUUUCGAACAAUCACAAGAUAGAAGUAUUUCAAAAUAAUGUAUUCAUGCAAGACCCGAUCCCGAAGCAACACCUCAAACCUGGAACAGUUAUUGACAAUGUGAUCGUGAGCUCAGAGCAAAACGAAUUCUUUCUCGCAGCUCAUUCAGUGAAGAGCGACCUUUCAGCUUUGCUUCUUGUCUCAGAUAAAAAAUUCAACGGCAACGCUUCCCGCACCGUUGAUGUUUGCCUCGGAGGAAAUAACCAAAGCAGUCUCCAUUUUCCAGUACUCGGGAUGGAUCGAACACCUGAUAAUUCGCAAAAUCCACCCUUAUCGUCUACCGUCGCAUUUACCCCACCAGCAACGGAACAAACAGAAACUGUUGUGACUAGUCAAUCGACUGAAGAUCAGACCACUGUUACACAAGAUACUGAACAUAAUCAUCAUGAAAAAAAAUCCGUUACAUUUUCGGAGAGCGCACCCACUGCUAUCAUUUAUUUCGAAGGAUCAGCUGAUGGAAAGCCUCAUGUGAAAUCAAUGAAGAUGACGUCGAUGGGUGUUGAACAAGAAACUAGCAAAGCGAGCACAACAAAUACGAAGCAUCCUGACAUUUCGUUCACGGAUCUUGCAGAAGGGGACACUUAUCACACAUUCAAGGUCAACGGAGUUCCAGUAUUGAACUGUUUUGUGAGAAUUAUUACGCUUAGCAAUGUAGCUGUACAAGCCGAGGAUCCGGUAUACGAAGCUGCCGAUCGAAAAGAAAUGGUUGACGAUGUUAAACAGCAGAAUGCUUCGGACAUGCCAGAAGUCAAGGAAGUUGAAAAUUCACAGAAAGUCGAGGAAAAGACACAUGAUGCUCGAACUGCUUCUUCGUUAACUCUUUCUUCCAAAAAUCCGACGGGAACGAUACAGGACACAAAUGAGAAAGCUUUACCUACUAACACAGCAAAAACUCAACAUCAACCGGAGUUCGAGUCAACAACUGAUAAAACACACAGCAACCUAGCCAAUAAUACUGAAGGCGGUCCGAUUAAAGCCGCUGGUAAAAACAGUGAACCUCUACCAACUUCGGAAAAGGCACCAGUUCCAUCGAAAGUGGAGGAUUCCUGCCUUGCUACCUCCAGUUCAAAGAAAGAUGUGAAAGAAGCCGGAUUGACCGACAGUAAUUCUCAACCGGAGCAUGUCGAAUUGAGCAGUCCUUCCAGCCAACUUCACCUUUCUUCGUCAACUCAACAUCAGCCAGAGCUCGAGCCAACAAUCCCUAAAACAAAUGGAAACAUUGUCAAUGGAAUUGAAGAAACUGUUAAGGAAGUCAUUUUGACCAGCACAACGUCUCAAUUGGAACAAUCCAUCCAAUACGAAACCAUGGAGACUGCGGCUCAGGUUCUUCCAGAGGCACAAAACAUAACCAACAAUUCUACGACUGAAACAAUGAAUUGUAACGAUAAUUUUUACUCAGUCAAAGUCGAAACUGAUGAAACACCAUUGGAAUAUGUCGAGUGUUCUAUGAAUACUUCGAGUGAAGAAUUCGAACAAUCCAUUUUGAUGGCAUCUGUUACAUUAAAUAAUGAAAUGAAUGUGAUCCUGUUGAAGGGCGACAAGAUUGGAGAAUCCAAAAGAGCAGAUGCGGCAUCAUCGACCACCGUGGAUGUAUCUUCUAUGGAGAGCAAUGCAGCUGAGGUGCCAAACUCCAACGAAAAAAUUAACUCGUCAGAAGCUGGCUCGAUCGAAGAUCCAACGACGACUAAUCAAAUUCAAAUGGGAGAUGAGCCAAUAGUUGCCGAUAGCUCUGAAGCUGUCAAACCCGAUGUUGUGGAGUCUGUUGCUUCAGCUCCGUCUGCGCUUGAACGCAUUACUGAUACUUCCAUAAUAGAUAACCUGUCCAACACACCAGAACCAGCUCCGCCCGUUGCAGAGGGAAAUGGAAUUAAUUUGCCCAACAUCGGUCCGAUUAUUAUGGGCGCCACUAUCGGAUUUUUCAUCGCAUUGAAGUUGAGAUAG